ACCUACUCCCCGUCACAAUAAGUUCACCAUUGUUAUCACCGCCGUUCAGUGCAACUGCCCCGCCGGUUUCCCACCUAUCAAAACUCUAACUCUCCCUUCACUCCACAGGACGAUAUUCCUUCUUCACUCUAGCUGACCUCGUUCGAUUUUUGAAGAAAAUGGCCACUAAUAAUCUGGCAGUUAUUCUGCGAAAUCCGGCGAACGAUGCUGAAUUUCUGCUCUUAAAGCAAACUCCACCCCCGAAAUUUGGUGAAGAAGAGUAUGAUUCGUACGUGGAUUCUGAUCUCUGGGACCUGCCUUCCACGCGACUGAACCUUCUAGAAGGAGAGACCAAACCUGGCUUCUUCAUAGAAGGUGCGAACUUAUGUUUGGAGAAGGUAAAUUUGAGGAAAUUCGACGUCGAAUUGGGCCUUAAUCAGGUAAUGGAGCAAUUGGGGUUCAAAAUAAGUGACGCAGGAGGGUGGAGGCUGCUGAAGUAUGUGGAGGAACCUGAGUUUGGACCUGGCCAUCCGGUCAAUACAGUCUUUGUUGUGGGAAAAUUAUUAGCUGGGUGUCAAGAUUUUCAAGCACCAUGCAUGUGGAUGUCUGCUGAGAGCUGUCUAAAUUGGCUCCAGCAGGUGAAACCAAGCACUGAUCGUAUAGGGCCUCUGAUAGUCGUUGGUCUUAUAAAUGACAUUGCACAAUCUGCACCAAAGAUGAUACCAGAAACGUUGCAUUUCCAGGAAUACCCUCCUGGUGUUAUACUAGUACCGAUGCAGAGUAGAACAGGCAAGCCCUUCCACACGACGAACUUGAUCAUUUUUGCGCCUGAACAUGUUUCAGAUGAGUCCAAGGAUAAUAGAAUUGUUGCUCAUGGUGAUGCCUUAAUAGUGGAUCCUGGAUGCCUACGUGAGUACCAUGAUGAGUUAGGGAAAAUUGUUGCUGCUCUGCCCAAAAGACUAGUUGUCUUUCUUACUCAUCACCACCAUGAUCAUGUUGAUGGCCUUUCAGUCAUCCAAAAAUGCAAUCCUGAUGCAACACUACUAGCACAUGAAAAUACCAUGUCUCGUGUUGGAAAAGGUGACUGGUCACUCGGCCAUACUUCAGUUUCUGGUGGAGAAGACAUUUUGGUUGGUGGUCAGAGACUGACUGUAAUUUUUGCUCCGGGACAUACAGAUGGUCAUGUCGCACUACUUCAUGUCAGUACUCACUCGUUGAUUGUGGGUGAUCACUGUGUGGGGUAUGUUUUGGUGGAGAGCUGCUCUAUAAUAGUAAACUACAACUAAGAGAAAAUUAAUGAAGUUGAUUUUACUGUUGUGUGGAUGAGGCAUAAGAUUUAUACUAAAUUAUUAUAAACAAGCAUGUUGGUGAGUUUGUAUUUUAUGCAUCCUCCUUUUAGGAAAGAUGGAUUAUGUUAUUGUUUCUUCAUUGGGAAAUAGCUCAAAAUAACUCAAGCAGAAUUCAUCUUAGUUAAUAGGACCCAAAUCUUGUUUCUUAGCAAAAGAAAAGGUGGAGAGAGACAAGGACUUGGAGAUGUUGACAUACAUGGUAAGGAGUUAGAUCCUUCAAUACAAAACUUUACCUACCCAGCAAUGCUUUUCGAAUGAAAUUGAAAGGCAGAUGUCGGUGUGACAUAACUGGGAAACAAAACACAUUAAAUUAGUAAAUUCUGAGCCUAAACAGAUAAAGGCUUAUUUGUUCUCAAUUUCUUAUUUUGUCUUCUGGAAACUUCUUUGCUAAUGCAACAAUGAAUUUGUUACAGUCAAGGAAGUGCUGUCCUGGACAUUACUUCUGGUGGAAACAUGGCUGAAUACUUCCAGUCAACUUACAAAUUUAUGGAGCUUUCGCCACAUGUUUUGAUUCCCAUGCAUGGGAGAGCCAAUCUGUGGCCUAAAAACAUGCUUUGUGCAUAUCUUAAGAACCGCAGAAACAGAGAAGCAAGCAUCUUGAGAGCCAUAGAUGAUGGAGCUGAAACACUGUUUGACAUAGUAGCAAAUGUAUACUCAGGGGUUGACCGUAGUUUCUGGAUUCCUGCUGCAUCAAAUGUCAGGCUACAUGUUGAUCAUCUGGCUCAGCAAAAUAAGUUACCAAAGGGCUUCUCUAUAGAAACUUUCAAUUGCAGUUUGGUUGAAUUUGCUGGUAUGGUGGGUAAAUCUGACUCAAAAUGAGGAAAGAUGCUCUCUGACCCACCUAGCUUACUCCUAGGAAUUUUCCAUUCAGAAGUAUCAGAAAACCUGUGGCGUGCAUUUCCUAUACAGAUGGAUCUGCUCAUAUCUAAGAAGCAGGUUCCUAUUAAACUAUCAGAAGCUUGGGAUCUCUAGAUUGCUAAUUGCUGGGGCAGUUGCUGGAUUUGGUAUAUAUUAUUACUCAAUGAAAAGCAAGCUUAGUUCCAAAUAAGACAGGUAAAGGUGUACUUAUAAAUUUGGAGCACAUAGCAAGUCUUGCAUUAUACAUGUUGUCAUUUUAAACUUAUAUGGAUCAUACAUUAAUUGAGUAUUGUCUUCAUAUAAUCUUUGCAAAAGAGGCUGCUAGCACAACACUGUAUAACAGAUGUUGACAUGACGUUAGUGUAGAUUUCAUUGAUUA